AUGACAGCACACAUCUUAAAAUAUAUAUUCUAUGGUGUACUUGACCAAGCUUGUAAAGCAGCUACACAGAACUCAGCUAUAACGAUAAUGAAGAAUAUUGCAUUUGUACUGACAGUGACUAAUGGCUGGUCCAUGUUUUAUGCCAAUGUAAUCUCGAAAGGACCGAAGCAGGCAUUUCGAGAACUAAUGUUUCGUAGCAAAUCGAUUGCUUCCAAAUCAUUCGACAAUAUUCGCUUUCCCAGAGGCAACUCGCCCAACAAAAGCAUUGAUAAUAUUGAUAAUACCGAUACUCAAUCUCCAAUUGAGGAAAUCAAUGGUCCAGCAUAG